AGAAUGCAUUUGUGGCAAACGUGUAGCAAUGCAGUCGCAUGCAUCCUUGACGAGUACUAUUUUAAAACCUUCUAGUCGCGUGUUACUUAUCGACAGCACACGCUUGCAAGGUGCUUUGCGAUCGUGCGCAGCAGACCAUAUGCAGGCUUCUGUGUGUUUGUAAAACGGAAUUAUAUAUGUAUCAAAAUACCGCAAACAGUACAUAAUGGGAUUGUGAUCCAUUUAGCAAACCACUUUGCAUACAAACAUUGCGUUCUUUUGAUGCUGUUUUAAAUUGGUUUGUGUAGGUUGAGAGGUACGCGCACGCUGCACACAAAGUAAAAUGAGUCUGUAGUGAUCAAUCGCGGCAAUCAUGGCAAUGUAGAGUGCUCUCCACAGCCUAUUGCGCCGAGAGCAAGGUUUUCAUUUUAAGUUGUGCAGUGAAAUCGAUCGGUACGGAGCCGAGGUACGGACCACAUUCACGUUUUGGCUCUCGCAUAGAAAUUUCGGUACAUCGUUCACAUUUCUUUUCCGCCCGUUAGAAGAAAAAAAUGGCUUCCAAAUCCGCUUUUAAUUCCUGCUCCUAUGCGCAGGACAUCGAUCGCACAGAAAGUAGUAAAGUUUUCGAAAUUGAACAAUGCAUGUACAAUUUAUCAGAGGACUUUUUUCGCCAGACCACUCUACAAGAGACCGUCGCGCCGGUAGAAAGCGCGACUACGGGUGUAGUCUCACCGGAAGUGUUCGACGAGUCGCUCAACAAUGCUGCAGCAAGUGCGGCACAGUCCGUGCACCACAUAGCAGAUAUCCUUCAGCGUCCGAUUUCCGACGAGCUAAUGAAAAAACUGUGCUUCAGCGAACUGCUGCUUGUGUGUGAUGGCAGCGAGACCAUCGUUGGAGGGGCCGCUAUCAACGUCAGCCUGAUAGCGGAAGAAGUAUUGGCGGCAUUUUCCAGCACCAGACUCACAAUUCUUGGGCAUUCUACGGCGGAAAGUGAGCUGAUGUCAUUUGCGGACCGAAACUGUCGACCGCUGCAGGAGCGCAAAUGUGAAACGCUCAUUUCUGGUACAAUCAGGCAGGAGAAACAAAUACAACUCUACUUCGAUGAGGCCCACAACGUCACAGCUUACAGGCAGGAAAGCAAUGGGUUGCAGACCGAAAGCUUUUACGGUUUGCUGUCGGGCCCGGGAAGGAGCGGGGAAGAAGACUCGGCUGAUGACAACAGGCCUACUAUUUUGCCCGAUGGACUACAGCUGCUACUCUUGCGGUACUUAGUGCUGUCCAACUUUGUAGGCGAAAUUUGCAGCCAAACAAUCGACAUUCAGGGAAGGGUUGGAAAUUGCAUUCACCAAAUUUCGGCCGCUAUUCCAGUACCAAAGCAUCGACGCGAAGGUACAGCUGAAGCAGUGAAGGAGAUCAGAAAAUCGACUUGGUAUUCGGAUGGCACAGAGCCAGAAGAAAGUGUAUCGCAUUACGACGCCUCCACGGGGCGUUUGCUGCGGCACGGUUGGAAUAGUUCAAACUACAUCCUCAUUGAAAACCCGCUCGGUACGGCAUCCCCAAUGGCCAUAAAAGAACUCGAGCAAGGUAUGAAAGAUUACGUGCAAACCUUAUCGGGAUUGAUUAAAAACCGAGCGUCGGUGAAAGAGAUGAUCGACCAUGUGGAUUGCACAGUGAAAGAGAUGGAUCAGUGCAACAAAAUUGUAAAUCCGCUACUGAGAGAUAUCAUUAAGGAAGUAUGAAAACCGUAUUUAAGAAAUAAAAAUAAAAUAAAAAAUGAACUAAACAAA